CGGUGCAGGUCACAUUAAUGUCUCAGCUGUCAGGUGAGGGGCCUCUCUGCUGUCGGCACGCGCUCCUGUUUGAGGAAAUAUUGGAAUAUCUGAAGAAAACAGAAAGAGGAAGGGGGGAGGGGAGGAGGUGUGGGAGAGGAGUCAUCUCAGGAGAAAGUUCACAGUUUGACGGACGGUCACACAGACAGUAAACGCACCAUGGCGGGCAAAGUGAGAGUCUGUUCAGCCGGACAGAGCCAGCUUCAGGACUCUUCAGACUCGGACUCGGAGGUCGAGGGGGAGCCGGCUCGCGUGGUGGGUACCGGGCCCUCUGCCGGCUCCAUCCCCGGCUCUCAGGUCAUCCACAGCGGACACUUCAUGGUGUCGUCGCCGCACAGUGACUCCUCGCCGCGGAGGAGGAAGAGCGGAGGCUCGCUCAGAUAUGACUUUGACACGGUGAACAGGACGUGGUGUCAGACGUACCGGUACGGCCCACUCAGCUCCGCGAGCCUCAGCAUCGACCCCACUCUGACCCGCCUGUUUGACUGCAUGUCCCUGGCCUACAGCGGUAAGAUCGUCUCUCCAAAGUGGAAGUCUUUUAAGGGUCUGCGGUUGCUGUGGCGGGAUAAAAUCCGUCUGAACAAUGCCAUAUGGAGGGCUUGGUUCAUCCAGUAUGUGGAGAGGAGGAAGAUCCCAGUGUGUGGCUUUGUCACGCCACUCGAGGGCUCUGAGGCAGACGCUCAUCGAAAACCCGAAGCUAUCGUAUUAGAGGGCAGCUACUGGAAGCGAAGGAUCGAGGUGGUGAUCAAGGAGUAUCACAAAUGGAGGAUUUACUACAAGAAGCGGCUCCAGAAAAAGAAGGAUCACAUCCUAUCAAUGCUACAAGAGGGUCAAAUCUGUCAGGCCAAGCUGGAAAAAUGGUCAAAUCAGGAGCCAGAGGCUGCACCUGUGGAGGCCCACAUGUUUGACCUGGACUGCCUUCUGUCUGACAUCUCUGACACCCUGUUCACCAUGACACAGAAGCCAUGUCCCUGGGCCAGUGAUCGACACGACACGUACACAAGCAAUGCUGAUAUAAUCCAGCCAGGCCUGACUCCACUGCAGCCUAACCUGGACGAUUUCAUGGAUAUACCAGAUAUCUUUGUGAACUACAGGGGACAGCCCACUGAGCAGACCACUUUUGCCGACUGUGGUUAUUACGAGAGCUCAUCCAGCACGGCGUUCGCUCCUGUUCCCUCCUCUGUGGUAACGACUUCUCAGCUCCUCAUUGACACUCAGCUGACUCAGCCCAGUCUGUCAUCUGGCCAUUUGCCUCAGCCCUCCUCAUCCAGUUCACAGUCAGAGCAGAGCAGGCUGGGCCAGGAUAUCAGUGACUACCCCACACCCAGCAUCAUAUCAGGCACGGCGCCCUACGGACAUCAGUCAUACCCUGACCCACCUGUUUCUGUGGCGUUUACUGGGAGCAUGGAGCAGACUGCUGCCUCUAGUGUUCCCUUUCUCUACCCGCUGCCAUGUCACAAGUUUGGCUACUUCACAACCACCAGCGUCACCCCCACCGUCAUUACCCACACCGCUUCCACAGCGGGGGCUCACGGUUACUCUCACACGGGGGACUCAUACACCCAGGCGCCUUUCCACACUAUCAGUUACCUCACAGCCGUGUCCGACCCUGUCCACACCACAGCCCACUGCUUCUCUGUCCCAGAGCAGGUGGCUGUUUCAGGAGUCAGAGGGAAGCACAAGCAGAAGACAGGGGGAGGGAGGACAGCUGGUCAUCCUGUGGCUCCGUCCAGCCCCCUGUCCACUGCACCCACAACCACAAGCUGUCUGGCUGAGCUGCUCUCAUCUGGCACUCGAGAACGGAAGCCAACGUUAGGAUUUGACACUCUUCUAGUGACACCCAGAGGUCGAAGGUCAUUGUCUCCCAGCUCCUCGCAGCCCAGCAGCAGCAUACAGGUCGGAGGAGCCUCAUCACAGCUGCAGCACGGAGCUGGUUGGCCUGCAGGGAUCCCCGUGCUGACCCCUCUGCACAGUCAAAGUGCCACCCUGGGUCACAGUGGAUCUCAUGCCAGCACAUCCAGAGGCUCUACCGUGUCUGCCCUGCUCACACAGGGAACAUCACACACCAACACAACUCUCCUUAUCCCCAAGACUGAGAAACUCUCUCCGGUUCAGCUCUACGGCUCAGACAAGAACAGCUUAACAGUUAAUUUUUCAGGGCAUCCAUGUCAAACAUCCCCACCAAACCCUUUAGAUAAAGCCUCCAACCCUGAGCCCUCACACUCAGGCUUCUUAGGACACGGAAAGCUUGAAUCAAGUAAGCAAACAGAGACCAGGAGGAUAACUCACAUCUCAGCAGAGCAGAAGAGACGAUUCAACAUCAAACUGGGUUUUGACACUUUACAUAAUCUUGUAACAACACUCAGCUCACAGCCAAGCGUAAAGAUCAGUAAGGCCACCACCCUGCAGAAGACGGCGGAGUACAUUAGUAAGCUGCAGCAGGAGAGAGGUCAGCUUCAUGAGGAGGCACAGAGACUCAGAGAGGAGAUCCAGCUCCUCAACUCUGCCAUAAAUGCUUGUCAGCAACAGCUCCCAGCCACAGGCGUCCCCAUCACACGGCAGCGCUUCGAUCACAUGAGGCAGAAGUUCAGAGAGUACGUCCAGGCUCAGACGCUGCAAAACUGGAAGUUCUGGAUCUUCAGUAUCAUCAUAGAGCCGCUGUUUGAGUCCUAUAAUGGGAUGGUGUCCACUGCCAGUGUAGAGGACCUGUGUCAGUCCACGUUAUCCUGGCUGGACCAGCACUGCUCCCUGCCUUCCCUCAGACCCAUGGUUCUGAGUUCACUCCGUCUCCUGAGCACCACCACGGCCAUCCUCACAGACCCCACCCUGCUGCCAGAGCAGGCCACACUCGCUGUCACCCAGGGCGAUGCGACUGCAGCCCUGGACCACUCCUCACAGCCCGCAAUCCAGGACAGAAUACAGCCCAUGUGAGCGUGGACUGAACUGGAUCCAGGCACAGUUCUCACAUAACACACCACAGGAGAAACUGCUGGAUGGUUAAACAAGACUGAGCUAAGAGACUUUCAGUAAUAAUCACAUUCAAAUAAAACUCACCAGCUGCAAAAAGAAUGUAUAUCCAUAUAACCAGAAAUCAUAAAUACAUGGGA